CGGCUUCCAAUUAUUAAAAAAAACUCCCGUUGGGCGACUCCGCGUCGCUCAGAUCCAUCAGAGAUCUCUGCCCACCCCCCUCGCCACUUCCCGUGAACCACAAACCUAACGCGGAGCGGCGCGGGCCGGCCGCCGGGCGAGGUGCGCGUAGCUGCUGCCAUCGAUCGUCGCCGGGUCCAUCCACCAUGGGCGGCGGCAACGGCCAGAAGUCCAAGAUGGCCCGCGAGCGCAACUUGGAGAAGAACAAGGGGUCCAAGGGGAGCCAGCUUGAGACCAACAAGAAGGCCAUGAGCAUCCAGUGCAAAGUAUGCAUGCAAACAUUCAUGUGUACCACGACUGAAGUGAAGUGCCGGGAGCAUGCCGAGGCUAAGCAUCCAAAGACAGAUGUGUACCAGUGCUUCCCCCAUCUGAAGAAGUGAAAAGCCUCUGAACUAGCAACCAGUGCCGUGGUCAUGGAGUUGAGGAAAUGUGUCUGUUAGCUAUGCGGUUUGGUCACAGUCAGUACAGGUCAGGAGCUUUGCCUGUGCGGAGGGUGUUAAUUCCGUGUUGUCUGCCGUCAAUCAUGCGUCCUGUCCUAUGUUAACCUAUACAUAAGAAAGUGAUGUGUCCACUUCCAGUGAAACCUAUUGUCUGCCGUUAAAACCUGGUUGGUUUCAGAACGAUGAUUUUCAUGUCCAAACAGAUUGCUGGUCCGUGAGAAUUGUGCCAGUUUGCAUGUUCUAAAUAUGUCUCCUGGCCAUUGCAAGAA